AGGUUUAUCUCUCGGUUUUUUUUCGGAGGAAGAAUUUUUGACAGCACCCAAAAAAAAUACUAAAUUUUCCCCGUAAAUUGCGACUUUUUAGCAUUUAAUUUAUUCGUGCUGUGUUCAGUGCUCGCCACUGCACCCCGUGCGUGCGUGAGUUAAUGGGAAGAUUUGGUGAUUGUGUGGGAAAUAGAGUCGUGGCGUCUCCGCUUCCAGAGCUAGAGUGACUCUAGCUAGAGUUGUGCUGUUUCCGUGAAAGAAAACUCAUUAUAUCGGGGUAAAUUCCUUCCUCCCACAUACUAGGUCCUCGUCCAGUACAAGUAGGAAAAGCCAUCAAGACUGGUCAUGUCAUGUCAGCAAGCUACAGAGAUUCCCGAUGAUCCGUAUGCAUUCACGGAACCACCAGCAACAGCAAUUUUCACGUCUCCACUUGCGGGUAAAUUCAGCAAAUUGACUUCAAUCAAGCACCAGCAGCAAAUUCGCGCAAAUGGAACGAGUGUGAGCUACACGAAUGGCAUCAAUCACGUCCAGAAGUUGCCCGUGGCGUCUGUGUACGGGAAGGCCGGCGUUGCAAUUGUCAAUUCUGCCAAGAAGGUGACAACAACGAAGAAAAUUCCUCCGGUGAAUGUGGGCGUCCCGUCCACGGGUGGUGCUGCAGCAACGGUCGUUGUGAAGACACCGACGCGUCCGCUGCAGCCUGUCAAUCAUUCCAUUACGACGAAGCAACAGACGUCACUGCCACCGCCGGGACGUACCUUUCAGUCGCUCUUCCAGCAGGAGGUGCUCAGUUCCAUACGCAAGAAAAGUUCACCACAACGCGACGACACCGUCAUUGCACCGAGCACAUUCAGGGAGCCAAAGGCAACAAAUUUUCCCGCCACGAAGAAAACCACCGUAAAGCAACAAAAUGCAUCCACACGCAUCAAGCGCAGCUUCAGCCAAACGGCUCACCAUGAAGUUCUGCAGAGGAUACCUGCGGCAGACGUGAAGCCUCUCACGAGCAAAGGAAAUAACAUUUGGCACGCCCCUGAAUCAUACAUUUUUGACUAUGAAUCACCGGGAAUGCAGGCACUUUCGCACGUAGAUCAUGAGCUCACGCUGUGCGCUCAGAAGCAUUGGUUCGUGGAGUUCUUACCGCCCACUAUGGCACUGUUGACACGAGAACAGCAACUUGAGCAAAAGGCCAGUCACUUGCGACGAAAGGCCAUCCAGUAUGCCAAGGCGCUGGAGCAAAGGAGUGUCGUAGUGGCGAGGAAGAGGCUCACGUUUGUCUCUCAGGCACUUGAAAAGUCCCUCGGGAAUCACGAGGAUGACAAUGGGGAGGUAAAAAAGAAGUGCUGCGUGGCAAAUUGCGAGAAUGAUUCUCUCGCAUUGACGGCCUAUUGUUAUCUGCACAUCACGCAAAAUACGGAACAAAAAUUAUUCUAUCCGUGUACGGCGAAAUUUGCCGAUAAUUCCCAAUGUAGAGUUCCGGUGUUCGACAUAUGCCAUGAGCUGCCGCUUUGCCGUGAACACGCAUGGAAGAGGGACAACUACAAGCGUAUGCUGGAGGUGCAGAAGCCGAAAAAGUUGGCCCGGAAGAAGCCAAAAAUAUGCGCAAUGACGCGACCAUUGAAGCGGAAUAAGAAGAAAAAGCGAUCUCCGGUGAUUGUGAUGAGUGAGAAGAAUCAUCACACAUCCCCGCUCGAUUCGGUGGUAUACAAUCACGGGGGUCAGCUUCAAGGGCAAACGGGCGUUGUCCAAUUACCACCGAUUCUGCAGCAACAGCAACAGCUCCCGCCGAAGCAGCAGCAAUUUGUCAUUGCAAAUCCCAAUGCGCAAUUGACGCAAAUUGCCUCCCAGAUUACAACUCAGGAAUUGCUGAAUAUUUGUGAGAAUAGCUCAGCGUAUGAGAGUUCCGAAGAUACGGGAGUUGGUGGAUUGUCAGAGUCUGAAUUGAUUGGGGCCAACGACGUUAUAGAGGAAAUUGCACUGGGCGACACGAGAUUGCUGGAGGAGAGUGAAUUGAACAAUGUGCUCAAUCAAUUUCCGGAAGACGCCUUCAAUGAAUUGUUUUCAGUUCAACAUCCCGACCAAGAGGUGUUCGAUCGUGUCCUCGAGGCUGUUGAUGAGCAGGUGAAGACGUUGGAAAUGACUGGGGACUCCAACUUUUUGGGUGAUUUCCUAGAUGUCGAUGAGCAAAUGCUGGAGGAGACGGAGAUCUCUGAUGGACUCCAAGCACCAGGUGGAUCGGAAAUUCGUGGUUUAGUUCACACAUGAGUGCAUCCAAUACGAUGAACAUAUUUACCUGUCUUUUUUAACGUGAUGUGUCUGUAAUUUUCUUUCGGUGUGUGCAUUUUAACAGUGGAAUUACCAUUUAUUGAAAAAAAUAGGGAAGCUACGGGAGGGUAUAGUGAAGUGAAUUACUUCAUAAUAGCAAUGGACAAGCUUUGGAUCUUCAAUUUGAACAUUAUGAAAAGAAAAGAAAAAGAGGAAAUGGGAAGGAACUAUUUAUUUAUUAGUGUUAGAUUUUUUAGCAGCACUAUUUUUUAUAAAUUUGUCCUAAGUUUAAUGGAAAUCUUGAAAAUAAAAAUAAAGAAAAAGAGGAAAGAUUUACUGCGAAUCCAGUGAAAUUGUAUCUGUGAAUAGAAGAUGAAAAAAAAAUGAAUUUUGUUCGUAUGAGUGGGUAGAUAAUAAUGGUUCAGCGUGCAUGCGAGAAGUGAAGGAGAAUUUUAAAUGUUGGAAAGAGUGGAAAAAAUUGUGACAAUGCUAAAAGAAAUUAGAUGAGAUUGCGUGUGUCUGACAAUUAGACGAUGUUCCUUUCUAUUGAAGGGAAAAAAUUGUAGUUUUAAAUGAAGAUUGAGAAUGGAAAAAAAAAACGUAGUUUGGGUGUUCUAAAGAAAAUUCGAUUUUAUUUUAGUUUAAAAUUUGAUGAUUUUUUUUGUACAAAAUUGUUGAAAUUAUUUUACUCUCUUUUGGCUUUGAUGGCUCAAGAAAAAUCUUUGUCCUCUACAUAUAAUUACAAAAGAAUUUAAGAGA